GGACUGAGAUAGCUAUUUGUACUCUCUUAAUUGUUCUGCCCGUUUGGCUUUCGUUCCGUAACUUGUGCAGUUUUGAUGAAAUGGCAUCAGCCGAAAAAGUGAGAGAUAAUUUGUUCUUUAUUUCGUGGUGCACGGGUAACUCUACUGCAGCGAACGGCCUAGUAACAGUUACGAAUCUGCCCAACGUUUUCACAUCGUGCCAACUAAAUUAUAGUUUAUGUGGAACACAACUCAAUCUGGAACUGAAUUUUGUGCUGUCGAAAACCAUAAAACCAAAGAAGCUCGAAACAAUUUCCAUUUUGGCUACUAAUGAUGGUGUCAAACAGAAAAUGAUUUUGAGCGGAAAAAAUUGGAAAACUUCAUGGACAAGACAGACGCAAACGACUCGUUGUGCUUACGGAUGCCAACCUCAUUCGAUCAUUUCAUUUGACCUACUGAUUGAUUUAACUCCUAAUUUGGCGUUGACUGUGACCAAAGGAGCAAAGAAUGUCCUGGAUCACAUUUUGAAUCUGUGGAAAACGAAGACGUUGUCUGAUGUCACAUUCAGAUGCAGUGGCACAGAUAUUAAAGCUCAUGUCAUGAUUGUGGCCUCUUGCAGCCCUGUAUUGGCUGCCAUGUUUGCCAAUGAUUUCAAGGAAAAAACCGAGAAAGUUGUUGAAAUCAAAGAUAUCACCGCAAACACUUUCUCCCGUCUCCUUCGCUUCAUGUACGUCGGAGAUGCAUCCCUGGAUACUGUCGCAGAAGAAGAAAUAUGCGAAUUGCUGGUUGCGGCUGAUAAGUAUCGUAUUGAUACUUUACUAGAAGAUAGCGCACUUCAUUUGUCCCAAAGUUUGAAAGUGGAAAACGCUUCACGAUUUCUCGUCUUGGCGCAUCUUCACAAUUCAUCUGUUUUGCACGAAAAGACAUUGGAGUUUAUGUCGAAAAACUCCAAAGCCGUUUGGUCGCGAAAGGAUUGGAUGGAAAUUAUCAAGAAUUAUCCAGAACUCUGCUUUCAAGCAACGCAAUUUAUGUUAGGCCUCUGAUAUUCAGCAGCCAUUUUGGAGUCCGUGGCGUUGAUGCAGAGUUCUAGUGUAAUUUACAGGUCAGCAACUAAUCAAGAUCUAAUAUAAUCAACCUCGAGGUUAUUGUUCCCUUUCUUCCACACCUUUUGAUACUUGUUACUUGAUAAAUCAUCACUUUGUCUCACAUGCACUGUUUGUGUAAUUUGCACUUGCUUUUCUUAGAUAAUACAGAGACGAAAUGUUCCUUACAAGGGGCAU